GUAAUGUGAAAAGAUAUAAUGGGAGUGUAUUAAGAAAGUAAUUGAAAUAGUUUGUUCAAACAGGAAAAAAUAAAGUAAAGGGCGAGAGAGAAAAGAACCCAUGUGCAAUGGUGAUAAGCGUCGAACUGUAGAGAAACACACGCGUAUCGACCCAACACUUGUCAUCAUCAGAGUCCUAUAUAAAGUCUUCACACCUCUUCACCAUUUUCAGCUCCAUUUAAACCUAUUUUUCUCUACAUUCUUCUUCUAUACAGAGAGAAUCACAGAGAGAGAGAUAUAUAUAUAUAUAUAUAUAUAUAUAAUGGACGGGAGAGGAGGUUGUUGCAUAGCCAGAUAUGGCGGUUACGGUGCUCGCUACGGUCUCUCCAAAGCGGAUCGAAUCAUGCUUCGAUUCCGUCCGAUCGCUCCUAAACCGGCAAGCGACGCCGGAAAGUAUGGUUCCACCACAACGAGCGGUGGCAGCUCUGAAAAUUCCGGUCAAAUCGGGAGAGGAAAGAGAAAGUACCAGAAAGAGAGCUCAGGUGCUAACUCCCGGAGAUGCAAUCGGAAGAAGAGAUCGAAAACUUCCGACGGAGGCGAUGCUUCUACCACAACGGCGGCUACGCUUUCUCUUUUACCAGAUCUUAAUGUUCCUCCGCAUGUAGUGGAGAAGCAGAAGCCGAACGGUCCAUUGUGGUUGAGUUUCAGCGGCGGCGACGGUGGGAUUCUAACACCGUACAAUACGAGGGAGAUAUCUCAAAGGACGGUGGUUGUUUCGUCGUGCGUGACGGUUGAGCGUGUGACUGACGCUUGGAUCGACGGUUACGGAUUGGGGAAGACAGAUGAUGAGAGGAAGAUGAAUCUGGUGAGAGACACGUGUCCAGGGUUUAUAUCCGACGGUGUAGGGAGAGUCACGUGGACUAAUGAGGCGUAUAGGAAGAUGGCUAAAGAAGACAUUAAUAUUCCGAUGGAGGAAGGUGCACCUGCUGAUAUAAGCUACGAUCAUUUUCACGUGAUCGUACGGUUGGUGAUGAAGGAUAGGCCGAUGCUAACGUACCCGGCUUUCACAUGCAGAGUGAAACUACAGUACACGUGUCAAAAUCGCGAAAGAGGAUCGGUGACGGUGCCUUGUGACGUGUGGAGGAUGGACGGUGGUGGUUUUGCGUGGAGGCUUGACGUUAAGGCUGCUUUGUGCCUGUGACUUCGUAUUGAUCACUCUCGGAUUCACAAUAGUGAUUAGUGUCGAUCGUAUACACAUCACAUGGCUUUCGUAGCGAACUAAAAGUUGCUGAACUUUGCUUUAUUUAAUUUUUACUUUGAACAUAUGCAUGUUUCUCUUUUUUUUUUUUUUUUUUAAUCUGCUUCUUUCUUUGAUUACGAUUUUGUAUUUAAUAUGCUCUUAUGUUUCUCUUAUGAUGUUAAAUUGCUAAUCUCAAAUUUGUGUUUUUA